AUGUCUACGAAUAACCAAACGGAUCCAAAAAAAGGAGAUGACCAAAAACGUGCCGUUCAACUUAACCAAGUACCACCACUACCAGGUGAUGAGGGUAAAAUGUCGGAUUCGCUCAAAUGGUUUGCAUUCGUGUCGUACGGCGUCGGUCACGUGCUCAAUGACUUGGUCGCCUCCAUGUGGUUCACCUACGCCUUGGUGUUCUACCACUACGUCAUGCAGCUGUCCAGCAUCAAUGCCGGGGCUGUGGUGCUCGUCGGCCAGCUAACAGACGCGGUUGCGACGGCCGCAAUAGGCGUGUUAUCAGAUAACGCCAACAUCUAUUGCACCGAUCGAUACGGCCGCCGCAAGACUUGGCACCUCUUCGGCAGUGUACUGGUGUUCAUAAGUUUGCCGUUCGCGUUCUCACCACCCAUAAUACCACAAGUCGAGAGCUCCGAACUGAACACCGCUCUGUACUACUGUUUCUUCAUCGUCUUCUUCCAAAUCGGAUGGGCAUCCAUCGAAAACUCGCACAUGGCGUUGGCUUCGGACCUGACGCCGAUAAGGGACGAACGAACGGCUUUACUAUCCAUCAGGUAUAGUUUUACCGUCUUUGCAAACAUCCUGGUGUACGUAGUCACCUAUAUCGUGCUCAGAAGUAACAACGCGAGCAAAACUCAAUUUGGACCUUCAGAAAGAAAAGAAUUCCAAAUAGUAAUAUUGGUGAUAAUGAUUGUCGGGGCUAUGACGACCAUAAUAUUUCACAUUGGUGUACGCGAACCACUUAUCAACAACCGUGUGAAUCGACAGCUCCUGAUGACAGAGACGGAGGCUGAACGCGCAGCCAACAGUAUUUUGUCCAUGUUCAAAAGCAUCACCCUUUACCAGACGGCCGUCGUGUACAUGUGUUCUCGGAUCACAGUCAACAUGACUUUGGUGUUCUUGCCGAUGUACUUACAAGACUUUUUAAAACUGGAAGCCGAAAAACUAGCACUGUUGCCCUUGAUAAUGUUUGUCAGCAGUUUUGGUAUGUCGCUCCUCAACAAACCCAUGAACAUGAAACUCGGUAGAAAGUAUACAUAUUCGUUUGGCGUGGUGUUGUCAUUGGGUUCCGCGUUUUGGUGUUAUACAGGCGAAGGUGACACAUAUGCCAAAUAUCAAAUAUACGCGGUCACUAUCAUAAUAGGUAUUGCUUGUUCGGUGGUAUUGGUCACCAGUCAAGCACUGACCACCGAUUUUAUUGGCGACAGGACGCAUAGAGGCGCCUUCACAUUCGGCCUGAUGAGCUUUACCGACAAAGUAUGCAACGGGGCCGUAGUCAUGGCCGUCCAAUCUUUUCACUGCGCUUCGUGUCCGAGUUACUAUCGAGACGUAAUGGUAUACAAUUGGACGAUUCCUUCAUGUUUGGCGUUUAUUGCGGUCAUCAGUUUGCCCUACGGAGGACGUCCAAGACUGAUUGUACAGGAAGUACCGGAGACGCGUUCAGGCGGCAAUCAACACGCCGGCCAAUCGAAAAAGCAUUCGAUCGAAAAGGGACAAGAGGCCCUACCCAGCAACUCGGUGAAAUCAUGA